ACUUCCGCUUUUUUUGUGCGCGCCUUUUUUGUUCGGAUCCUCCACGCCGCACGCCGUCUUUGCCUCUUCGGUCAUCGAUAAGGCCCUUUGUUUCGGGAAAGUCCCGAAUGAGGAAGUCGGUGGCAAACUGCAGUGGUUGACGAUGCCUCCGCAACUUAGGAAACGCCCGGCGCCACCGCCCGAUGCCUUACCGACAGUCUCCCAGUGCCGCUGGGAACUCCGGAGAUUCGCCACGAGAAACCGCUGUCCAGAGAUCUCCACGGCCAAGGAAGCAUACAGCUUUCUGAGCACCAUCGGUGCCUACGCCGAUUUGCCCCGGUUUUUCAAGCCGUGCACGAAAAGUGACGGCGAGUCGUGUCACCUGCUGGACCAGCUCGACAUCUGGAACCAGUUUCUGCAAGAGGUGGGCAUGCUGCUUGAGGAAGUGGCUCCGGGGACACUCAGCGUCGCUCCACAGCGCAGGGCUUCUGACAGUCUUGCAGCCGAGUACUGCAAUCCCGACGGAUGGGUGCUCCUUCACUGGCUCUUCAAGGAACAUCACUGCAUUGCAAACCUACGGCUCCUCAGUCCCAACAAACAUUCCCAGCUCCAUCUGGGCGACGCACUGAGCCAGAACUCUGGACUGAAGACGCUGACACUGAGUUACGAGACGAGCGAAGAUCGUCUUGUAACUGUGGAGGAGAUCAGGAUGAUCUCCUCCACCGUGAGACGUUGGACAAAGCUGGAGAGCUUGUCCAUCAGCGGAUUAGUGCUGUCCAAUGACGUUGCGGUGCUGCUCGAGGCCUCCCUGGAGAAGCUACCGUCGCUGAGGUCUCUGGAGGUAUCUUUCUUUAGUAUCGCUCCUGCCUGCGAUGCUGAGCUGCUCAAGGGUGUGUUCAAGAGGAUGUCGGCACUGACAUCGCUCUCCUUGUCCUACACGUUUGAACCUCCAGACGUUGAAUUGCUGCUCCACUGCCUGGGACCUGGUCUGUCCAAGCUCAGCGUGGAUGACAGUUUUCUGGUACCCCAGGAAGGAGCGGUCUUCCAAAAGUUUCUCUCUGGCAAUACCAUCUUGAAGAAGCUGACCCUGACCCAAAAAGUGUGCACAGGAAUGGGCGAGCUCGAUAAUGUAUUCAAGGGUCUUCUGGUAAAUCAUAGCCUCGAGGAACUGCACCUUUCGGGCUUUGGCCUCGAAAAUCCCACGAUGGAACUGCUUGCAGAAGCUGUGGUGGAGCACAGCACCCUGAAGAUUUUGGAAGUUAAUUUUUUCGACGAGUGCUGGGAGAUGGACGGUACACCUCUUGCGAAGAUGCUGGGUCAGAACAAGAGCAUCCAAGAACUGAAGUUCGAAGUGGGCGAAGUUGCCUGCUACGACGCAUUCGCCGAGGCAGUUCGCAAGAACACCACUCUGAAGAAGCUGUCUCUCAAUCUUGUCCAGUUAGACGACUUGGCCGAAAUCUUCGUCUACAGGGGGUUUCUGGAGGCACUUUCGUGCAAUGGAACGAUCCAGCAGGUCACGCUGGGAAGCAUUUACUCUGUUUUAGUCAGCCAAUUCAGCGAGCUUCUCCGUGAGACUGGGACUGAAAGAAGGGUGACCUUUGAAGUCGACUUUUCAGAUGCCGAGUUGUUUACUGAGGCUCUGGAGAAAUGCUGGGGACUCGCUGAAAUGAGUUACUCAGACUGGGGGUCCAAAAUCCCUGUGCCCCCAAGUGCAUAUCGGCACCUGAUGCGAUAUCGCUACCUCGAGGAUCUAGACAUCACCCUCUGGGAUCAACCGAUGGAUGACGAGGCCGCGACUGCCCUGGCUGAGUUUCUUGCAUCUACCAGAACCCUGCAGUCCGUCCGUCUCCUCUUCCACAUUUCACCGGCGGCCACACAUGCACUCUUGGACAGCAUCUCGUGCAAUAGGAGCAUCUCAAGUUUAUUCAUAUCGGGGUGGACUUUCAAUGAACUGAAUGCCAAUCUGUUGUGGCAGAUCUUGAGGAACACAGAAAUUCUCAACAAAAUCUAUCUGUCACUCUACAAUAACAGCGAUUUCAAGGCACUGAGCCAGUUCCCGGAACGUCUGCUAGACAACCACAGCCUGUUAUCUGCAGAUUUUUCGGACUUUAAGGAUUUCAAGUUGAAAGUCAAGGACGUGAUGCGGCGGAACUUGUCGACCCUCUACCGUGCCGUGAUGUUUGUGAUGGGUUCGCGUGGAAGGCGCUAUGCCGAGGCCUUUGAGCGCGUCUCGAGGAGUCCAGCUUUGGUCAAGGAAGUGCAGAAGUCUGCCUCUGAAUCCAAGGAAGAUGCCAAGGAACGGGUGAGGUGGGCCAAGGACUACCUGAACGAGCACUUCCUGGCGGCAGCUUGUGUUGUCAAGGACACUGUUACGUGCACCAAGAAUGGACAACUGCAGCUGGAUCAGAUUAGCUUAGACAGCUGGCUCCAUAUCCGACGGUACCUGAAGGUGACUGAUAUCAAGGAACCCACUAAUCAGCCAUCUACGUCCCGUCACCUUUAUAAGAAGCGUCGAUUGAGGCGUUAGAUGUGUAGAAAUUCCUUGUAGAUUUUUUUUUGUUUUUUAUUUAAAGUGAUUUUUUGUUUUAAUUGGCUGCGAGAAAGAAAAAAAAAACCUGUGUGUGUGUGUGUUUUUUCUUUUUUUUUGCAUAUCCACAGGUUUGUAGAUGCUGGGCGUUCCUAAAAGAAAGUUCUGUUUCUGAAAUUUGCUGGCAUUUUUAAAAAGUACUAAUGCUUAUGGACUAUUUGCAGCGUGUAGUUCUUUGCAUAACAUACUUUUGAUUUAAAUGCCCAAGUAUUACUGGCAGUUAGGAAUUUUUGAAGGUAGUCUUUCAAGUAAUGUCAAAUGGGGCAAGCUUGAAGUUUCCUGCAAUUUUUGUUUAUUGACCCUAGAGUACAGGUCUUCUACUGCAUUUUGAUAUUUGAGAAAUGCAGGCAUUAAACUGUCGGAGCCUUGAAGACAACCACGCAUCUGUUGUGGAUAUAUUGAAUAUUGGUGUUUAAGAAUUUCAUACUUGUAAAGCUCCUGCUCAGUUAUGUGGGAGCAUGCAAUGUUCACCUGGUGAACCAUCUACAACAAACUAGGAUGCAGCAAGUGGACCUUUGGUGUCAAUAAUAAUAAAAAAUAAUGAAGCGAAAA